CUCUCACUUUUCAAGUUUUGAGCAUCAAACUUGCGAAGCCAAAAUUCCGACCACACCAACUGAAAUUUAAAUCUCAACGGUAAUAUGCUUCGAGUCCUAAAACCUCUUUCUGGACUCAGCCCCAAGCAACAUUCACUUGGGCAGCUGCAAUCGAGGUACAGAUAUCGCCGCCACCCCAAAAACGAUGGCGGCGGCGAUGGCGUUUGGAAAACAGAGGAGAAGAAGGAUGGUUAUUUGCAAUUGCACAAGAACAAAGGGCAGCACCUCUUAACCAAUCAACGAAUUCUCGACAGUAUUGCGAAAUCCGCGAUAAAACCUACCGACACCGUCCUCGAGAUCGGACCCGGCACCGGAAAUCUCACCCUCAAGCUUCUAGAAGCCGCCCAGAUGGUCGUCGCCGUCGAACUUGAUAAGCGGAUGGUGGAGGUUCUUCAAAAGCGAGUUGCGGAGAGUGGGGUUCAAGAUCGUUUGACUGUUAUCUGUAAAGAUGCAUUGAAGGCGGAGUUUCCACCGUUUGAUCUUGUUGUGGCGAACAUUCCAUACGGAAUAUCUUCGCCUCUGGUGGCUAAAUUGGUGUACGGGGCAAGGCCGUUUCGGAGCGCCACACUGCUGCUGCAAAAGGAGUUUGCGAGGAGAUUGUUGGCUAAGCCAGGCGACUCGGAGUUCAACCGCUUGGCUGUGAAUGUGAACCUGGUGGCGGAUGUGGAGUUUGUCAUGGAUGUGAGCAAGAGGGAGUUUGUUCCUUGCCCAAAAGUCGAUUCAUCCGUGGUUAUAAUAAGGCCAAAACCUGAGGUUCCGAACGUUGAUCUAAACGAAUGGUGGGCUUUCACGAAAGCUUGUUUCUGUAAGAAGAACAAGACGCUUGGGGCUACAUUCAAGCAGAAGAAAAAGGUGAUGGAGCUACUGGGGAUGUCCAAACUGGCAGGCUCAAAUGGUGAAAGCAAAGAUUAUAUUAGCAGCACUGACAACGACGACGAUGAAGGAGAGAGUGAUGAAGAGGAGUUUUCUCCGUCUCCUUGCUCGGAAAUGGGGGCAAGUUCUUUCAAGGAGAAGUUAAUGGGGGUUCUGAAAUCAGCUGAUUUCGAAGACAAGAGGCCUUCGAAGCUGUCGAAUGAGGAGUUACUGCAUCUACUGGCAUUGUUUAAUCAAGCGGGAAUAUAUUUUCAUGAUCAGUCCAAGAGUAGGAAUGCAGAGAAUGAAUCAUUUACUGUUGCUUACAGUUGAUAGCUAUUAGCUUAAACUACUUGGAGGGAAAUUCAAAUUUGAGCAUGAAGAAAAAAGGCACACCGCUCUAAUCAAUUUGGCUAUGUCCAAACUUGCAAUAGCUAUUAACCUAUUAGCUACGUGGUGUUGUCACAAUUUCACUCA